GUCAUCUAACAAUAUCAGUCAGUUUAUAUAUAUGAGUUUUAAUGACUCAGUCCAGAAUCAUCUGUUUGUCUGAUAAUUUAAUAUAAUAAUGUAGAAAAAGGUGCAAUGGAAGAGCUGAACAGUUGUGCAGGAAUGUGCAUCAAUAACGUGUAAAUAACUUAGUGUCAGCUACUGCAUAUUAUCAACAGCAGUUGCACCUCAUGGCCACUAGAGGUCUCUGUUGAUCCAGAUUUUAACCAACACGUGCGGCUUUCUGUACUUUCACUUUGGUGGUGGGUGAAUGAAUGAUAUGGCGCAGCGUGCACUUAUUCUCUCUUUAUUUGUGCUGACAGUCUCUCAGAAAGCUCCAGCAGCUCUGAUACAAACUCAGCACACUGUGAUGGCAGCAGUGGGAGAACAGGCCUGCUUAAACUGUCGGCUCAUGAAAUCUAAGGACGUUCAUCAAGUCACCUGGCAGAAGAUUCUACCUGACGGAGAGAGUAAUGUGGCCACCUACAACAAAUAUUCCAAGAAACUGGUGAACCUUGGUUUUCAAGGUAAAGUGGAGUUAAUUAAUGCUGGACUGCAGAACAGCUCCAUCCUGAUCAGGAACGUGACGGAGGAGGGUGAAGGCUGCUAUCGCUGCAUGUUUAACACCUACCCUGAUGGAGCUCUCAUUGCUACAACCUGCCUCAAACUCUACGAGCUGCAUGGACCCGUUCUUCAUGUCAGAGAAUCAAACUUUUCUGAAGAGGUCAUUGUUUUCUGCUCGGCUACGGGUCGACCUGCUCCCACUGUCACAUUAAACGUCCUGCAUCACAAACUCAACUUUUCGACACACAGUUUCAAAAACACAAACGGUACGGUCACUGUUAACACCACAUGUUUGCUGAUGCGUAGCUAUGACAACAGCACACAGGUUGAAUGUGAAGUUCAAGUGCCCUCCGUUCCUCUGAAGAAGGACUCUGUGAUGAUUCCUGCAGUCCAGCUGUCGUCUGAAGAUGGUUCAAAGGUCGACUCUGGAUCUGAUGACGCUGAUAUUACUCUGGUCAUCGCAGCAGUUGUGAUAGUCUCUUUAGUGGUUCUUCUGUGCUUUCUUCUGUGCUCUUCUGUGAGACGAAAACUACUGAACAGAUUUCCAUUCAACUCACAUCUUGGUGUAAGAACAAGGAGCACCCUGAGGUGAUCAAAACACCGCUAC